AUGCGUGUGCCUGCGUUGCCAUCGUCCAUUCCUGACAGGCAUGGAUACACCCGGACUCUGACAAAGCUCUAUCCCGUCAAGGGCGACUGUGACAAAGCGUGUGGCGAAGCGGUCAUCUACUACACCUACAAUCCGGAGUGCAGUGCGGCCUUCGCUGGUCCGGAGUCGGUGGAGGCAACGGCGGACGUCAUCGCCAAUGCUGCGGGGCCUUCAGGGCCCAAUGACGAGUACUUAUUCUCUCUGGUGGAGGUGCAAUGCCGGGUCAAAUGCUGCGGAUCCUACGGUACUGUACUGACAACAAGGGAACAUGGCCGACCCUAA